GGAAGUGACGUAGGGAUGACGGAGGGGCGCGAGGUUUCAAGAUGGCGGUGGUUGGGUGGUUGACCGAAAGGCCGAGGUGAAGGCCCCUACGAAGUCAAACGGGCCGAGAAUCGUCCCCUCCCCGCUUCUCACAGCCCCAGGAGCCCAGCAGAAGCGUUUUAGGUUUUAUUUUUUAAAUAAGCAAGUAAAUCAAACAGCUUGUCAACAUGGGGCGGAGAUCCACGUCAUCCACCAAAAGUGGAAAAUUUAUGAACCCUACAGACCAAGCCAGAAAAGAAGCUCGGAAAAGAGAAUUAAAGAAGAACAAAAAACAGCGCAUGAUGGUACGAGCUGCAGUUUUAAAGAUGAAGGAUCCCAAACAAAUUAUCCGGGACAUGGAAAAAUUGGAUGAAAUGGAGUUUAACCCAGUGCAGCAGCCACAGUUAAAUGAGAAAGUGCUGAAAGACAAGCGUAAAAAGCUACGUGAAACAUUUGAACGUAUUCUGCGACUCUAUGAGAAAGAGAAUCCAGAUAUUUACAAAGAAUUGAGAAAGCUAGAAGUAGAAUAUGAACAGAAGAGGGCUCAACUUAGUCAAUAUUUUGAUGCUGUCAAGAAUGCCCAGCAUGUGGAAGUGGAGAGUAUUCCUCUGCCAGAUAUGCCGCAUGCUCCUUCCAACAUCUUGAUCCAGGACAUUCCACUUCCUGGGGCCCAGCCACCCUCCAUCCUUAAGAAGACCUCAGCCUAUGGACCUCCAACUCGGGCAGUUUCUAUACUUCCUCUUCUUGGACAUGGCGUUCCACGUUUGCCCCCUGGCAGGAAACCUCCAGGUCCUCCUCCGGGCCCACCUCCUCCUCAAGUCUUACAAAUGUAUGGCCGCAAAGUGGGCUUUGCCCUAGAUCUUCCCACUCGUAGGCGAGAUGAAGACAUGUUAUAUAGUCCUGAACUUGCUCAGCGGGGUCAUGACGAUGAUGUUUCUAGCACCAGUGAAGAUGAUGGCUAUCCUGAAGACAUGGACCAGGAUAAGCAUGACGACAGUACUGAUGACAGCGACAGUGACAGAUCAGAUGGAGAAAGUGAAGGGGAUGAAUUUGUACACCGUGAUGACACUGAGAGAGAAAACAAUGAAGAAAAAAAAUCAGGUCUAAGUGUACGGUUUGCAGAUAUGCCUGGAAAAUCUAGAAAGAAGAAGAAGAAAAACAUGAAGGAGCUGACUCCUCUCCAAGCCAUGAUGCUUCGAAUGGCAGGGCAGGAAAUCCCCGAGGAGGGCCGAGAAGUCGAGGAGUUUUCAGAGGACGACGAUGAAGAGUCAGAUGAUUCCGAAGCAGAGAAGCAGUCACAGAAGCAGCACAAAGAGGAGUCUCUCUCUGAUGGCACAUCUGCAGCUUCCCAGCAGCAAGCCCCUCCACAGUCUGUUCCUCCAUCUCAGAUACAAGCACCCCCCAUGCCAGGACCACCUCCGCUUGGACCGCCACCUGCUCCACCUUUACGGCCACCUGGACCACCUACAGGCCUUCCUCCUGGACCACCUCCAGGAGCUCCUCCGUUCCUGAGACCACCUGGAAUGCCAGGGCUCCGAGGGCCUCUACCCCGACUUUUACCUCCAGGCCCACCACCAGGUCGGCCCCCUGGCCCUCCUCCAGGCCCACCUCCGGGUCUGCCUCCUGGCCCUCCUCCUCGGGGACCCCCACCACGGCUACCUCCCCCAGCACCUCCAGGUAUCCCUCCACCCCGUCCUGGCAUGAUGCGCCCACCUCUGGUGCCUCCUCUUGGACCUGCCCCACCUGGGCUCUUCCCACCAGCUCCCUUACCCAACCCGGGGGUUUUAAGUGCUCCCCCCAACUUGAUCCAACGACCCAAGGCGGAUGACACAAGCGCAGCCACCAUCGAGAAGAAAGCUACGGCAACCAUCAGUGCCAAGCCACAGAUCACUAAUCCCAAGGCAGAGAUCACACGAUUCGUGCCCACCGCACUGCGGGUGCGUCGGGAGAAUAAAGGGGCUGCUGCUGCUCCCCAGAGAAAGUCAGAGGAUGAUUCUGCUGUGCCUCUUGCCAAAACAGCGCCCAAAUCUGGCCCAUCUGUUCCCGUGUCGGUGCAGACUAAGGACGAUGUCUAUGAGGCUUUCAUGAAAGAGAUGGAAGGGCUGCUGUGACAGCUUUGGAUGCUAGAUCAGGCUUCUGUUCACAUCAGUGGUUCAUGGAGAAAGAGGCUCUUACUCAGCUUAGGUGAAAGAGUUGCUUUCACUGUCAGGGUAUUUUUAAUUUCAGUUCAAGGAAUAUCCUAAAGUUUAGCCUUGUUCAGAAUUUACUGCAUAUAAAAGAGAGGGUAUUUCAUGCAAAAUAAAUUGGUUAUUGAAGCAGUGCUGCUAAUAACAUCCAUCCCCCUUCAUACCACCAUUUUCAUCCGGUUUCUUCCCCUACUCCAAUUCCUUGGAAACUUGUGAUCAAGGGGAACUUUGUUUUGGCUCUCUUGUGUGCUGUGGGCACUGGAGUAGAGAUUUCUGGAAAAACCAGUUUAUUUCACCCCCAUCUUGCCUUUCAUGUUUGAGUUAUUUUUAAUAUUUUCUUGUAAAUAUUUUGUAAUAUUGUAGUGAAAUGGAUCACAAUGUCAUUUCCUAAUACAAAGCGAUAUAUGUGGGAAGAAAAUGUACAAUUCUUUGAUUGAUUAAAAUUCCCACUGAUCUAAACUUUGAGUGUUCCAUGGAAUAAAUAAAUAAAUGUUCUACACCAAGCUA